AUGUCAGCUAGCAUACACGCAUUAAUCUCGCGAACAAGAGAGGAUGCAGCACAUAUUAAGGUACACUGUGAUGAUGAGUCAGAUCUGGUACCAACAUAUUUGGAAACAAUGAAAUUGGUUACAAAUCUGAGUCUUGUGCGCAAACAGCUGUGCAUUGAUGGUGUAAUCAAAAACGAUGAUAUCUCCAAAGAGUUCCAUGAAGUGUUCAAAUCUCUGCUCGAUAUGAAAUUUGAGCUUGAAUACGAAAUCGAGAAACAGCAGAGCGCAUCAAGUUUUGUACCUGGAUCAGUCGACACAGAAGACACGGUUCUCCAUAGAGACUCAAUCAGCACACUACAGCUAAAAUCUACAGACGAAGACGAACCAAUCGAGGCUUUGAGAAAACGUCUUUUGUCCACAAGGGACUUGCCCUCCGAGCUUGAUGCUUUGCCAUCUGCACAAAUCCAAAAUGAACAACACGAAUCUUUCCAGAAAGAAUUGAUAGAUUCCCUACCUUCGAUGGUCUCAUCAUUAAAAGACCAAGCCUUCCAAUUCCAACACAUGCUAAAACAGGAUGCUACUAUCCUCAAGGAGGCAUCGGAGAAUUUUGAAAGCUCCAGGGGUAUCUUUGAGAAGGUAAAUGGUACCCUCUCGAAAUACCACCGGGAAGGCAAAUUAGGAAUUUGGUUCUAUAUCAGAGUUAUUCUCUUUGUGUUUCUUACAUUUGCAUUUUUCCUAUUCCUAAUUAGACUUAUACCGGCAAGAUAUUGA